AGGCAAGAAGAUUUGAUUGUCUUUCUCACCGUCUUUUAUUCCUCCUUCACUCAUUGACGCAGCAUCUUUCAUUGGUAAGCUAAGGAUUGCUGAACUAGGAAUACAGAUUCCAACAAUGCGAUUUCACAAGCUCUUUUUUGGCAAGUUUGUCAGAUUGUUGAAAAAACUCAUCCCCACUCCCUCUAAACACAACAAAAGUCCUCUGGUUAAACCAGCCCAGAAGAACAUAGAUUUGUCUCCAAGUUUUGGGAUUUUAGCAGAACUUGAGAAGGUUUUCAGGCACUUUGAUGCCAAUGGUGAUGGAAAAAUCUCUGUUUCAGAACUGGGUGCUGUUAUAAAUUCCCUAGAAGGAACUUCCAAUGCCUCUGCAAGCCAUGAAGAGCUUGAGAUGAUGAUAAAGGAGGUGGACUCUGAUGGGGAUGGGUUUAUAGAUCUUCAGGAGUUCAUUGCAUUUAAUAUAAAGAGUGAGGGUGGUGGUGUUGGGAGCCUCCAAGAACUGAGAGAUGCAUUCAGGAUAUUUGACAGGGAUAGAAAUGGGUAUAUAUCUGCAGAGGAGCUGAGGAGUGUUUUGACCAGUGUGGGUGACACAUGCAGCUUUGAAGAUUGUUUAGAAAUGAUCAAAGGUAUUGAUUCAGAUGGGGAUGGAUAUGUUAACUUUGAAGAGUUUAGAACUAUGAUGACAAGUUCCUGCAACUGAAAAUGGAAAUCAAAUACAAUGUGUGUAUAUAUAAAACUUUUGUUGGUCUAUUUUCACAGGUCUCAUGGAGGCAUGUAUUUGUAUUAUUGCUCAAUCUGGGCUUCAUCAAAUUUUUCUGUUCCUUUUUGCUUUGAA